CUUUUCUCUGGCUCUCCCUCCCUCUCUCUGUCUUUUUUCUUCCCUCUCUUCCUAUCUUCCUAUCCCUCGUCCAACUACUACUACCUAGUCCCCACUACACAUCAGACACAGCUUGACAAGAGCUUGUUCGACUCGAUCAGCAAACGCCCAUCCCACUGUCAUUCGAACCUUUGACGCCCUGAACGCUGGACGGAAGCCCACAGACCGGAACCCCACCUCGAGCUUUCCCCCCGGGGACCAUCUUUUGCACGACCUCUUGGACUGCCGAGGUACUUGGCUCAUCACCCACCGCCAACCCUUGGGUUGCGUACCCCUCGGGUCACUAGACUGCACUAUUGGCCCUUUCGCCCCUCUUCGAACCCGGUUCCAAGGCGGCGCACUAUUUCCACCGCGUUUGUGCCGGAACACGCGCGCCGUACCAAGUCUCGUCUCGGGGGCUCUCUCUCUCUUUCUCUCGCUCAGUGGAUGGAUGGUUCGUACGCCUCUCCCUGUCUCCGAUCGCUGCGUGGCGGUCGCCCAUUCCAGCCCGUUCGUUGCAUGUGGCUCUAAAAAGGUGAGACCACUUGCAGUGUCUUUGCGCAAAGACGAGCCCAGAGUUGACUCGAGUCCUAAUUCCCUCCUACUCCUCCUCUUUUCGCUUUACUGUUACUCCCGCGCGCACCUCUGAGUCCUCGGGAAAGAAAACCUUGGGCUUGCUUGCUUGUUUGUUUGCUUGCUUGCUUGCUUGCUUGCCGCAUCAAACCCGGACGGAAACCCCAAAUUCGAGGAGCGAGAAGGCAACCCUGCAUCGCACCAGGUCGAAUCAGGCCCGCUGGUCACAAGAGGGAAACGAAGAAGAAACGAAAGAGCCCAAGGCGGUCUACCACAUCCAUCACAGACCGAUCAACACUCCAUCACAUCCUCCACCGCCGUUCCCCGUCCCCUUCUUCUUCUUCUUCUCUUUUUUUCCAUCGUCCCCCUCCUUCUCCCUUCCCCCCAUCUUCUACUACUAUCCAUAUUCUCUCUCUCCCCUCCCCUCCUUUAACCAGAACAAUGUCCUAUCGAUUUACGGCCACCGAGGCUACGAUUGCAGACGUUGGUUAAGAUCAGAACCAGACGACCCAUCACUCGCUCGUCAACUCAGCUUACUCACUCACUUACUCACUCACUCACUCAUCGCACUCAGAUCAUACUCUCACUCUCACUCUCACCCUCAACUAUCACCCUCUCGUCGACUCCAUACCUCGGCACCUCGCCCCAUCUUUGCGCCCAGGAUUCCCGGUACGACUUACAGACCCGUUUCACAUCGGCCCUCUCUGUAGCACGCCCGGUUCCAACCGGUUUCAACCUCCCGUGACGAGGGGAUCCCCGGUCGCCAGCUGCCCGCCAACACCUCAUCACCUGCGUGCGUCGUGCGACGGGCACAUAUCCCGCUGGCGGCGGCGGUGCACCACCGUAAUAUAGAGGCCUGCUCCUCCUACCCGUCCAACACCUACUCCUACGUGCUGCCUGGCCACGCCAUGGACGACGUCGUCCGCUCGUUCGGCAGAGGCAUCUCACGUGCCGCCCGCAGCGUCCGCAGGCAGGUUCAGCGAGAUCAGCAUUCGUCUCAUGAUUCCCCCGCUGCCGCUUCGUCGUCGUCGGCCCCAUCCUGGGUCGCUUCGUCCACCAGCGCCGAGACCGCCACAAAUGCACCGGCAUCCGCACCCGCGUCCGCGUCCGCGCCCUCACCCGACGACCACCCCGAUCUCGAGGCCCAACUCCCGGCUCACGCGGCCGCGUCUCAAUCCCAGUACGACGCCGUGCCGCUCACGUCGCCGCCGCCCGCCGUCACGACCGCGCCGGGGUCGGGAUCGGCCUCAUCGCCUGCUCACACGCAUACGCCCCAAGCCCAUGUCCUCCCUACCCUCACUCUCGGCCCAUCCGCCCAGCCGCCCUCUCACGAUGAAGCACCCCCUCAUCAUCAUCAAGCUCUCAUCCCUCACUCGACCGGCAGCUCGGCCACCUCUGACGCCCAGACAUUAACCAACAACAUCACCACCCAGACCCUCACCGUCCCGAGCAACCCAUCCCAGCCCGUGUCGCCGCUGUCGCCCGCGCCGGCCGUGCUUCACUCAUCCAAUGCGGCCCAGCUCUCUCCAUCCUUCACCCCGUCUGCCAUAUCGUUCGCGCCCCAGGUCCAUCCUAAUUCACCGGCCCCCCAGCCGCUCAACCUCUCGGCCGCCACCUCGCCAGCUCAGUACGUACCCUCGCCUCUCGAGUCGCCCAUCCCCCUCGAGCUCGAGCAGCAGAUCUCCGGCAAGGACAACGCCUCGAUCCGGCCCCAGAGCGGCCCCCGGCCCCGCACAUCCCGCUCCCGGCGCGACUCGGUUAUCGAGAAGGUCGCCUCCUUGGACCCCCGUCGGCGCUCGCGCAGCCUCGGCCCCAAGACGGGCAACAGCCUCAUGGACCUGCCGCCCGAGCUCCACCUCAUGAUCAUCGACUACCUCGAGUUCGGCGAGCUGGAGAACCUGCGCCGCACGUGCCGGUUCUACCGCAACUUCCUCACCAAGCAGACCAUCCGCGACCUCUUUGGCGAGCAGUUCCGCCUCGCCCUGCUGGCGCACUGCUACAUCUGCCUCAAGUACGACCCGACCCGCGGCAACCUGCUCUGGGCCGAUUACAACCACCCGCGCUACCCGCUCGCCAGUAAGUGCGUCGACUGCGCCUACCAGGAGGACGAGCUGGCCGUCGGCAAGAAGGUGGCCCUGGGCAACUACGCCAGCGUGUGGAUCUGCCGCUGGUGCGGGUAUCCCGUCGCCGGCACCUCGGCGCCGAACCAGCCCGAGUUCCACAAGGGCUGUUAUAGCCACUACAAUAACGUCCUCCUCGCGUAUUUUGUCCUGGGCUGGAUCCAGCUGAGUCUCGGCAUUGUUGCCGCCGCGCUGUGCUGGAGAUACUUCAGGGAUGAGACAUUGGUCUUGGUGUCGUCUAUCGUCAACUUCGUUUUGUUAUGGUGGUGCUUGGCCUUUCUAGUCGUGAGGGGCGAACACAAGCGCACAUAUCACUUCACCGGCGUACUAGAGGCCGCGAUACUCGGCCUCUGGUGCUUGCCUCUGUAUAUUCUUGUCAGGGACAUCGAAGACGGCGUCCAUGGAGCCCUGGACAGGAGGGUCACGGUGACCCUGGUCUUUAUCAUCCUGAACAUGGUUUUCCGCCUCUUGAAUGUCCUGGGCAACAUCAUCCUCACGCUCGAAUGGCGACACUUUGCGCGGAAGAAGCCCAGGCUCACGCCGGCCGGCCGCUUCGGCAACAUGGUGCUGGCCUUCCUCGUCUACUGGACCUACCCGCAGGCCGUCGAGCAGGAGUACCCGCCGCAGUACCACUUUAUCAAUACGGGCCGGCGGCGGGUCAAGAUGAUCCUUGCCGAGAGGAACGCGCAGCGGCUGCGGGAGCAGCAGCAGAUAAUGACUAUGAUGUACUGAGAAACGACCAAAACUCUCUAUGGAGGGAUUAAUGCUGCUGCAGGUAAUGAAAAAGAAUCGUAAUUUCGGCGGAUUAAGGGAGCAGAGGGAGGAGGGAUCGUUGGAUUUGAAAUGACGAACGUAACGGAAGCGAUUUUGGUUUUUCUCAAGGAGCAAGAGGAGUUCUCCCGCCCUCUCCCUCCUCGAUUUGUAUUUGGAUGGCAGAUUGUCAUGCCUUUGUUAAUAUUACGGGCACAAGGAAGACGGGGGGAAACGGUCAUAUGCAUGUAUGAUACCAGGCGACGAUGACCUGCGCGCCCAGCAGCCUGUUGGAUCCCACAGCACGACACCGGCACUGAUGAUGAAUUCUAUGACGAAAUAGCAGCGGAUCACGCUUACUCCCGUAUCAUUAUUCUUAUUCUACAUUUUUUCACACACAC